GGCGCGCAUCAAAGACGCAGAGGCGCAAUUGUAGACCGAGGUCUGCGCAGACCGGUCGGCAUUUGGAAUAAACAUCGUCGCAGUAUCACUGCCCUCUGUCUAUCUUUACCUAUUAUAAGCGCGUCGCUCCGCCCUCCUACCUGUAAAUCUGCCCGCUCUCCUCUGGAGCGCAUCUGACAGGCGCUCUCUCUCAGCUGGCCGCUCCGUGCCAGGGCUGCGGGGGAUCGAAUGGAGACAGUGACAUCCACCCGAGCGCUCGUCCUUUUUACGCAGAAUUGACAACGAAAACGCCCGCAAGAGUAUGUAGUCUUCGCCGCUGUACAGACAGUCAACCAAUUGUAGAAUUAAAUGAUCUUUUUAACGGUUUUUUCUUUUUGUUGCCACUCGUUCACAGUCGAUUGACGCGUAAAGAAAGUGAAAUCGAUCGAUCGAAUUCACCGCCUGCUUAUUGACAGAAUCCCGUGCAUGGAAGACGGCUAGAGAAGUCGCCUCGCCGAGAACAGGCUGCGAACAUUUCUCACUGGUUGUGUUUACUACAACUCGACGUAUCAUUGGCAGCGUCGACGGCUGCAAACGACGCCGUCUUCACCAUGGCUUUUGGCGUGAGAGAGCCUGAAAACCCCUCGGACUGAGACGCGGUUAAGAUUCGUCAAUAUUGCGGAUUUAAAUGCCUCUGUCCAAGGGACACCGACCCGCUAUUUUGGUCAGGUUCGCGUGUGCGGUGCCUCACGCUGUCACGUAUAAACGAUUCAUAGGCUGCUAAACUAUAGUAAGAGACUACAUCGGGUGGGUGAGCACAAUUUACAGGGAAAAGGUUUUUUUUUUUUUUUUUUUUUUUUUGGUUUGUCUCGAGCAAUAUGGCUGGUUCGUGGGGCUGGGGACGCAGGCACAGGCUCUCCAAGGCUCCUAAAUGCUAGCUGAGGCAGGUGGCACCGUUCCACAUGGAAGCGACAGCUCUAUGAGGUCAAGCAAUAUCAAUAAUAAUCGAAAUCCGGGCUCUUCAAUCUUAAUAUCCAAGAUGGAAGACGUUGUCAUCCCGUUCUCGUCCGAGGUGCCCUGCGACAAUAAUGGACAGCGCAUGUGGUGGGCAUUCCUCGCCUCCUCCAUGGUGACGUUUUUUGGGGGUCUCUUCAUCAUCCUGCUGUGGAGGACACUCAAAUAUAUGUAUACCGUUUGCUGCCACUGCAACGUCAAACACAAGGAGGCUCAGAAGGUGAUCAAUCCCGCCAACAAUCCGUCAGCAGAUAAACCAAAGGGCGAUGGGAAGGAGGAGGUCGUCCCAAUCAGCGAGGUGGGAUGGAUGACUUCAGUCAAAGACUGGGCCGGCGUCAUGAUCUCCGCUCAGACACUCACUGGCAGAGUUCUGGUGGUGCUAGUCUUUGCGCUCAGCAUCGGGGCCCUCGGAAUAUACUUCAUAGACUCCUCAGAUCCAAUAGAAUCCUGCCAGAACUUCUACAAAGAUUUCACGUUACAAAUCGAUAUGGCCUUCAACGUCUUCUUCCUGCUUUAUUUUGGCCUACGGUUUAUAGCGGCAAAUGAUAAGCUGUGGUUUUGGCUGGAGGUCAACUCAGUGGUCGACUUCUUCACGGUUCCUCCCGUGUUCGUUUCUGUUUACUUGAACAGAAGCUGGCUCGGCUUAAGAUUUCUGAGAGCACUAAGAUUGAUACAGUUUUCGGAAAUUCUACAGUUUUUGAAUAUCCUGAAAACAAGCAACUCCAUCAAGCUAGUGAACCUGUGUUCCAUCUUCAUAAGCACAUGGCUCACAGCAGCUGGAUUCAUACAUUUGGUGGAAAACUCAGGGGAUCCUUGGGAAAACUUCCAGAAUUCCCAGUCACUUUCCUAUUGGGAAUGUGUCUACUUGCUGAUGGUGACAAUGUCUACAGUGGGCUACGGGGACGUCUAUGCAAAAACCACCUUGGGGCGCCUGUUUAUGGUCUUCUUCAUCCUCGGUGGUUUGGCCAUGUUUGCCAGCUACGUCCCUGAAAUCAUAGAGUUAAUAGGAAACCGAAAGAAAUAUGGUGGUUCCUAUAGUGCGGUUAAUGGGAGAAAGCAUAUUGUGGUCUGUGGUCAUAUUACCCUCGAAAGUGUCUCCAACUUCCUCAAAGACUUCCUACACAAGGACAGGGAUGAUGUCAAUGUUGAAAUAGUUUUUCUCCAUAAUAUUUCCCCUAAUCUUGAGCUGGAAGCCUUAUUCAAACGCCAUUUUACCCAAGUAGAGUUCUACCAGGGAUCUGUUCUCAACCCUCACGACCUCGCCAGAGUGAAGAUCGAAGCAGCAGAUGCCUGCCUAAUCCUAGCCAACAAAUACUGUGCAGAUCCUGAUGCUGAAGAUGCCUCCAACAUCAUGAGGGUUAUUUCGAUCAAGAACUACCAUCCCAAGAUCAGAAUAAUCACACAAAUGCUACAGUACCACAAUAAGGCCCAUCUGCUGAACAUUCCAAGCUGGAACUGGAGGGAGGGUGACGAUGCUAUCUGUCUGGCGGAGCUGAAGGCAGGCUUCAUUGCCCAGAGCUGUCUGGCUCAGGGCCUGUCCACGAUGCUAGCCAACCUCUUCUCUAUGAGGUCCUUCAUUGAGAUUGAGGAGGAUACAUGGCAGAAGUAUUACCUAGAAGGGGUGGCUAAUGAGAUGUACACAGAGUAUUUGUCCAGUGCCUUUGUCGGCCUCACCUUCCCCACUGUCUGUGAGCUGUGCUACGUGAAGCUGAAGCUGCUGCUUAUUGCCAUCGAAUACAAGUCCGAGCAGAUGGAGAGCAGAAGCCGAAAGCGCAUCCUCAUCAACCCGGGCAACCACGUCAAGUUGCAGGAAGGAACACUGGGAUUUUUUAUCGCCAGUGAUGCCAAGGAAGUUAAGAGAGCAUUUUUCUACUGCAAAGCUUGUCAUGACGACAUCACAGACGCUAAGCGGAUCAAGAAGUGUGGCUGCAAACGACUGAUGUAUUCCAGGAUGUCCGUCUACAAACGAAUGAAACUGGCAUGUUGUUUUGAUUGCGGCUGUUCAGAGCAAGACUGCUCUUGCAUGUCAGGCAGUGUACAUAAUAACAUGGACACCCUUCAGAGGGCCUACCCACUUUCCUCUGUCUCUGUUCAUGAUUGCGCAACCACUUUACGUGCCUCCAAAUAUAAGUAUAAUGGAUAUGUCAGAUCACCAGCAGAUGGCGCUACAACACCAGGGAACAGUGGAAGUCAGAAAGAGGCUGGCGUUCGAUUCAAAGCUGAUUGCAAUUUAGUGGAAGACGAGCAUCCAUCCACUCUCUCGCCUAAAAAAAAGCAGCGCAACGGAGGGAUGCGAAACUCACCCAACAACUCGCCCAAAAUGAUGAGUCGACACGACCCCCUUCUCGUUCCUGGAAAUGAACAAAUCGAGAGCAUGGACAUGAGCGUGAAGAGGUAUGACUCGACAGGGAUGUUUCACUGGUGCCCAUCAAAAGACAUCGAAAAAGUCAUCCUGACCCGGAGUGAAGCCUCCAUGACAGUGCUGAGCGGCCAUGUGGUGGUCUGUAUAUUUGGGGAUGUCACGUCCGCUUUGGUGGGGCUGCGAAACUUGGUGAUGCCUUUAAGAGCCAGCAAUUUCCAUUACCACGAGCUAAAGCCGAUAGUUUUUGUGGGCUCGCUGGAUUACCUGCGGAGAGAGUGGGAGACUUUACACAACUUCCCCAAGGUCUCCAUCUUACCUGGUACGCCAUUAAGUCGGGCAGAUUUAAGGGCUGUCAACAUCAACCUCUGCGACAUGUGCGUAAUACUGUCAGCCAAUCAGAACAAUAUCGAAGAUACCUCACUGCAGGAUAAGGAAUGCAUCUUGGCGUCGCUCAACAUCAAAUCUAUGCAGUUUGAUGACAGCAUUGGGGUCUUGCAGGCUAAUUCCCAAGGUUUCACGCCUCCUGGAAUGGACCGGUCAUCUCCAGACAGCAGUCCAGUACAUGGCUUUGUGCGUCAGGCUUCUGUCACCACCGGAUCCAACAUCCCCAUCAUCACAGAACUAGCUAAACCUGGCAAACUACUGCCAUUGGUUUCACUCAGUCAGGAAAACAAAAGUGGAACCAACAUAGAAAUAAUAACAGAGCCGGUGAACGACUCAAACGUUCAGUUCCUGGACCAAGAUGAUGAUGACGACCCAGACACAGAGCUGUACCUCACUCAGCCCUUCGCCUGCGGCACCGCCUUUGCUGUCAGUGUACUCGACUCCCUGAUGAGCGCAACAUACUUCAACGAUAACAUCCUUACGCUGAUUCGGACACUGGUUACAGGGGGAGCCACACCAGAGCUGGAGGCCCUGUUGGCUGAGGAGAACGCCCUCAGAGGCGGCUACAGCACACCUCAGACACUGGCAAAUAGAGACAGGUGUCGCGUCGCCCAGCUAGCCCUCUACGACGGGCCAUUUGCUGACUUGGGGGAUGGAGGCUGCUACGGGGAUUUAUUCUGUAAAGCACUGAAGACGUACAACAUGUUGUGUUUUGGAAUCUACAGAUUAAGAGACGCUCACUUAAAUGCACCGAGCCCGUGUACAAAACGGUAUGUGAUCACGAACCCACCCUAUGAGUUUGAGCUCGUGCCCACAGACCUGAUCUUCUGCCUCAUGCAGUUUGACCACAAUGCAGGCCAGUCCCGGACAAACUUGUCCCACUCUUCCCACUCUUCCCAUUCCUCCAGCAAAAAGAGCUCCUCCGUCCACUCCAUCCCGCCCUCCAACCGGCAAAACCGCAGCAGUAAGAGCCGGGAGGCCCGUGAUAAACAGAAUGCAACAAGGAUGAAUAGAAUGGGCCAAGAAAAGAAAUGGUUUACAGAUGAACCAGAAAAUGCCUACCCACGGAACAUUCAGAUCAAGCCCAUGAGCACUCACAUGGCCAACCAAGUCAACCAAUACAAAUCCACUAGUAGUCUGAUUCCACCAAUCAGAGAAGUUGAAGAUGAAUGCUGAACACAGCAUUUUCUUGCUGACUCACCAGGCAUCUAUAUGCUCUUUCAAAAGAGAUGGGAGAUCACCCAUGGAGGAUUGAUGAUGAUGAUGAUGACAGGGAUGUUGAAGACUGAUACAUUUCUCUUCACUCAUUCUUUUAAUCAAGGGUUGGACAGAAACCCAAAUUGGAAGGGACCUCCUAUGUGUAUACCUUUAAUGUUACUUCCAUGCUCUUGGACAUUGUUUUAUUUAUUAAUGUAUCCAUAGUGAUGUACAUAAUGACAAUCAACUAAGGAUUGUACAGCCCCUUCCCCCUAGCACUUUUUGGAAUUAUUUUAAGAGUUGACAAAAAAAAAGAGUACUUCCUGUAAUUCUUUGCAAUAGUUCACCUCAUUUUGUAACCAGACUCCAUUGCUAAGGUGACUGGUUAUUGGAGGAUGAGGGUUGCAGCGAUAAACUGAUCAUAUCAUCUCCCAAAGAUCGACCCAGAUGCCUCACGUCCAACCAACUGGGUUCACCAACUUCAUAUCCCCGUCUGCUUCUGUUCUAUUUGCACUAAAACUGGACAAGUUUCUUUUGACAGAACAACUGGAACCCUCAGAUUCUCCCCCAAUAAAAUGUCCUUGAGGAGAUGAAGAGAGGAAGGGAGGGCUGUUUGGUUUCAGAGGCAUACUAAUCUUGUUCUUAGGUUGUUAUAAAUCAUGUCAUUGCUUAAGGUUUGCUACUUCACCGUUGACUCGUCAUGAUGAGUGAGAGCAUUCCAACCCUGCAGAACAAAAUCAUCCUGCAAGACAGUGGUCUAUAAACACAGAGAAUGGUGUACACUGGCUGAAAGAGAACCCUGUACCUAAAUAUCUUCUGCUGAUAUGUGAGAUCAUAAAGUCUGUGACUCUGUUUUAAGCUCCUAUUGCAUGAUAUGUGCCUGAGCCACCUCUAUUACAGAUACAGUGCUGUUGAUCAACCUGAGUACAUGAGGGUGAAAAACAACUUUCCCUGUCUUUCAUGUGUUCAGGAGCAUUUACGCUAUGUGCACGCUGUGUGUGUGUGUGUGUGCGUGUGUGUGUGUGUGUGUGUGUGUGUGUGCGUGUGUGUGUGUGCGUGCGUGCGUAUGUGCAUCGCAGCCACGCAUCCUGAUCAGUGCUAUCAUCUGCUCCAUCGCCGUGUAUGUGAUGGUGCACCUUUGAAGGAGCAGCAUGUGGGAUCUUUGCUCUAAAAAAGUCAUGGUAGAAUCUAGAGGGUUUGGAUCUACAAACAAAAGUAUUAUGUUGCAUAAAAACUCAAAACUGAAUAUCCAACUAUGUUUGAGCCAAGCUGACACAGACAGCAGCUGCGUGCCCGCUGUUGAUGCUUUUGCCGUGAUAUCUGCGGCAGAAUGGGAUCACAAAGAAGAGUGGUGUAUUUUCCGAAUGUUUUGUCCGUUACAAAAAUGUCAUGUCUGAGUAAAAAAAAAAAUAAAAAUGCCACAUAUUGCAUAAAAGUGGGCAAUAAUGGGUCCUCCUUUGAUCAAAGCAACUGCCUGGCACGGGGUUGGCACAGAGGCAGUAAAGAGCUUGGAUGUUCUCUGUUGCCCAUCCAGAUGUCACACGCCUUGAAACUCUCAGGAGUUAAGCUGCUAUGUUCGGUCCUCUAACAUGAGGAAAUGCUCAAACAUAGUUGGAUUGAAAUGCAACAAUGCCACAGACUGCUAAUAAGGAUACUGGAGAGGAACCAGUGUUCUUUAUGCCAGCCUGUGUGCAACAUGAGAGUGUAUUUUGCACGUUUAGGCACAGAUAGAUCCAAAUCAAUCUGUGAUGGAGCAGAGGAGGAUUGAGGUGGUAGCCUUGUAUUCCUAAUACAUAAACUUCAUGCAAAUAUGUCGUUGGAUUUAUACAUAAUUCAACACGUAAUUAUUUUGUCUUCAUAAACAUAAUCGGUUUGUACUUAUUUUUCUAGACAAGAACCAAGUGUAAAGUACUAUGGGAGAUACAAAUACUCUAUCUUUAAUUUCAAUUACCUAUCAAAGGAUUUUGUGUUUUGUUUAUUUCAUAUCGUACUAAAACAAAAUAUUUUUUUAUCCGCCAUGCCCCCUCUUUAAGAAAACUGCAUCACUCUGGAGCCAGUGAAGCUCAGACUAACUUGCAUUGUGAAACCACCAUCUUCAGCCUGGCAGCUCAGCUCUGUUGAGUGCUUGUAGAAAUAGAUUACGGCUCAUCUGUUUUAGUUGCACAGAUGAGCCGUAAUCUACUAAAUAAUGCGUCUACUGCUAAGCAUCCCUAGCUGCAAAUAUGUAGAUGGAAAGAUGAGUAAAAAGGAACUAUAUAUUGGGGGUUAAAUGUUGUAGUUUAGAUGGAGAGCAGAUCAGAGUGGUAUUAAUACCGGGAAGAUCUUAGUCACUCCCUCUGUGUGCAGGCCAGAACUGAAUGACUUUCAUUAGAUGCGUUUGACCUAAAUUAGGUUCCUAGUUUGGAGAAAGAGUGUGUACACUGUUGAAAACAAAAUACAACAGGGAGACACUGUCUGUGUAUUGCAGUGAUUCUCUUUUAUUGGCUCGAAAGGAAAAGUAAUUCUCAAAAAAAUAAGAUAUUUAAUAUGGAAAAACAACAUAACAUUGUGCUAAAUACGUUUGUGUAAAUUCAACCCAUUAUAUACGUAAACCACAUUUCUUUUUCAAACAAAAUGAUCUGAGCUUUAAUGUCCGUCUAUUAGGUGUGGUGCAACUGUACUGAAGCCUCACACAUUGUCCUGAAGUGAACUUUUGAACUGUGAUUACAUUGUUGUCACACUUUGUAGCAAAUAGAUUUCUUUUCAGAAGAUAUGUGAGUAAAAUGUAUGUAUAAUUGGGUUUUUAAUGGCAUACAUGCUAGCCUGAACAAUAAGGAACUAUUAAUAUUUGAUAAUGGCAGUGACUCAUUACACAUAAAAUCGACAAACUGAUUGUUAUGUUGAAAAAAAAAAAAAGACAAAUGUGUAUUUUGAAAAUGAAUGAUCUUGGAUUCAAGUGGGAAAUGUCAGGCGGAACUUGAUCUGGUUUAUCAGCCAUCACAAUGAUGGAAGGUAGCUCCAAUUUGAGCGGAGGUGAUCAAAAGAGACAACAUCCUUAAUUUUUCUUUUUUUUUUAUUACUUUGUGUUAUUACAGGGUUUACAUUCCAUUUUGUCAGCUUGUCAUCUGUCACAACUGCUUAUUAUUUGUUUACAGAGUAUUUUAUGAGCUACUUAAACAUAGAAUUGUUCAGAAAUAAAACGGUACAUAUUGCAAACUUGCAUUCACAUAAACUCACAAAGCAAUGCUCCAUUUGUUUUCAUCACACUUGAUUACUGUGCUUUUUCUACCUGAACCCUCAUUGUGCGACUCAUUCAGGCUGGCAUUAUUCACAGUGGACUGAGAUGUCUCUCAUUCCUACACCUUGUCAUAUGUCUAUUAGAUGUUUUAGGUCUUUGCAUUGUAUACCUCUAAAGUUUUAGAGUGUUUUUUUUGAAGUGCCAUGAAGAGUUUUGUUGAGCCAGCAUCCUUCAGUCAUUCAGGGACAUAGGCUCGCUUUGAGGGAGCUAAGUCCAAGUGUUUUCCACUGUGAGAAUGGUGUCUUGUACUGGCAUGGAGAACAUCCAAGCCAUCAAUGCCUCCAUGCCAGUAUAAUCCCAUGCAGUGUAGGUGGUCAAUUGGAGGGCCCAUAUUAAGUCCCACUAUAGCGAAAAGUGGCAUUCAGGAGGCCUGAGGGGCAGACAGAUGGGAGCCCCAGUCAUCAAACCACACAUGAAGUCUCUAAUGUGUGCUUGGUUACAGGCUAUCUAUUUGUGUUAUGUAGUGUUAUUAGUUAUGGAUGACUGAAAGAUGCACGUAGAGGCACAUGCCUGUAAAGUCAGAUGUGUUGUUGUCCACUGAACAAAUCAAAGACUAUGAUGCGUCAUACGUAACUGUUACAGUAUGUUGCAUUAUUCUUGUUUAUCUAUUUUUUGCUGUAAAGGAUGGACAGAUAAAUUAUUUGCUGGGAAAUGUAAUAGAUAUCAUAGAACAUAUAAUACUUGUGGGGAUGGGAGGUGGGGUCUCAAGUCUUAACAAUACAUUAAAAUUGUGUUCAGCAAUUUUUUUUUUUGAGAAAAGUAACAAUAUUGUUAAUUUCUUUUGGCUGCCUAUCAGUUCAGGAAGAAUCAGGACAUUGCUCUUGCGUAUCACAGAAAGGAUUUGUUGGCACAUUGUCAUUGCAGCAAACAGGAGUUUGACAUAGCUGUCUAAUUAGUUUGGAUGCAUUCUAGAUAUGAUGGAUACAUUGAUUAUUUGAUGGUGCCGAGUUGAUCUACCUGACUCUGUCAAAUAUAAUCUGCUGAUAAAUCUACUGUCUUGUACAAAAAGUUUGUACAUAGAUUGUACAUGGUUUCUUUUUGUAUUUUCUCAAAUUAAAAUGGAUGUAUUUGUGUUCUAAA